AUGACAGUCCAACAGAUUAACUCAAAUAUUUCUGACGACUCUGAUGAUAUGGUUAGUUUACCAUCCGAUGAAGAGAUUUAUAGGCGAAAAUAUCAGUUGUUAUUGGAACGAUGUGAAGUCUUGCAGCAGGAUAACGAAAGAAUUAUAAACAGAAUACAUGAAGCUAAGAAAAUAACAAAGCGCUAUCGAAAAGAUAUCAAUUUGCUAGUGGAACGUUUAGAUAGUCAUGGUGAUCAGUUUCGUACAGCAUCUUUGGAGAUAGAUACUAAGCCCGAGGUAACGGUUCGACCUCCUCGGGCUGGGGCCAAAACGCCUGCUGUUGCUAAACAGACAGAAAAACCAAGUUCUGCUAAUCCUAAGAAACCAGGGCCUAAGAGAAAAAGUAAAGCAGAUAAGCCUGAGAGAGAUCCAAAUGCUCCUAAGAAACCUUGCAAUGCCUUCUUCCAAUUCUGUCAAGAACAGCGGCCACUGGUUGUAGCUGAAGCAAAUUCGGAAAUGGGUACAGAACCAUCUAAAAAGGAAGUUACCAGACAAUUAGCAUCGAGAUGGAGGUCACUUAGCUAUGAUGAAAAAAGGGUAUAUGUUGCAAUGUUUGAGAGAUCAAAGGAAAAGUAUGCAGAACAAAUGUCCGCCUACAUCAAGAAGGAACAAUGA